CUUAUCGUUCUUUGAAAAUGAUUUUUGUUUUGUAAGGAGAACCGCAGCAGUGAGUGGUGCCCGUUCUCACUGGCGAGACGAUAGGACGCCUUUCGUGUGCGUGUUUUAACUGACGAUGGGCUAUAAAACUCAUCCCUAAUCUUUUGUUUGUAAAGGUUACUAAUCCAGAAGGCUGGUGAAGCGAUCGUCUCUCUUGGUUGGUGAGUCCUGAGGUCCACACCAGCUCCAUUAUACACUUUUACACCUUGCCACACCUCAAGACCUCCACAGCCAUGAAAGCCCUUACAACAUUGCUGUUCCCGCUCCUUGCUGGAUUUGCCAUAGCGCAGGAUCAGUGCGAAUUCCAGAUCAAUUGCAAAGCUUGCAUCCAAGUUCCAGGAUGCACUUGGUGUUCUAAAUUCAAGGGCAUAGGCCUACAAGAACGCUCCACCCACUGCUUGAAGGUCGGCGACCCGAAGGCUUCCCAGUGCGAAAGCGGGGCAGAGGAGAACCCGAAGAACAGCCAGACCAUUGUCGGAGACGAAGAUCUGUCCGACUCUGCAAGAGAGUCACAGAAAGAAGGCACCCGCAUUGUCCAGAUUAAGCCGCAGCAUAUCAAGAUGAAGCUUCGCAAAGGAGUAUCAGAGAGCAUCAGUCUGACCUACAGACAGGCCUACGGAUAUCCUAUCGACCUCUAUUACCUGAUGGACCUCUCGCACUCCAUGUUGGACGACAAAGACCAGUUAGCCAGCCUCGGAGGGCAGCUCACAGCCACCCUGCAGGAGCUCACUGACUUCUACACCAUCGGCUUCGGCUCCUUCGUGGACAAAGUCCUGUUGCCCUUCGUUGAUACGCAUCCUGCUAAGAUCAACACCCCCUGCUCCGGCUGUGCAAAGGCCUACUCAUUUCGGAACGACCUUCCCCUGGGCACCGAUGGAUCCCUCUUUGCCAUGAAAGUGAGGGAAGCCGAGAUCUCUGGGAAUCUUGACUCUCCCGAAGGAGGCUUCGACGCGCUGAUGCAGGCCAUCGUGUGCAAAGAGCAGAUCAGGUGGAGAGACCAAGCCAGGAGACUCAUAGUCUUCUCCACCGAUGCCCAGUUCCAUCAGGCGGGAGAUGGCAAGCUGGCUGGUGUGGUCGUCCCCAACGACGAGAAAUGCCAUUUGAACGACCAGAAUAUGUACGACGCUUACGACAAGUUCGACUACCCAUCCGUCGGUCAGAUCAACAAGGUGACGAAGGAGAGAGACAUUUACGUCAUCUUCGCCGUGUCGAGCUCGACCGACCUCUACAAGGAGCUGACGAAGGUCAUCGAGAAUUCGUCCUGGGGCAAACUCACGUCCAAUUCGAACAACGUCGUCGACCUGGUCCGCGACCAGUACAAUGCUAUCACAUCAGUCAUCAGUCUGACGGACAAUUCGUCGAGUGCCAUUUCCAUCGAGUACUCAUCGAGGUGCAAGAACGCCAGCGCCCCUCCGAUAAAGACCAACCAGUGCUUCAGCAUGCGAGAGGGAGACCAGGUGGACUUCACCCUCCACGUGAAGCUGAACGAAUGCCCUGUAGGACAAGACAGAGAGAUCGUCGAGGUCAAGACCCUUCAAGACAGCCUCCUCCUGGAGAUCGAGUUUGAGUGCGAGUGUGACUGUGAGGACAAGGAUGAUCAUACCACCCCUAGUGAAAUCUGCAAUAACCAAGGGGCUCUCGUCUGCGGCGUCUGCGCCUGCUUCAGGAAUUUCCGGGGAGAGAGGUGCCGUUGUACAGCCGACGGAUCCGGCAGUGACAAAAUCGACGAGGAGCUUUGCAAGAAGUCAGCAAACUCUACGGAACUCUGCUCGGGGAGAGGACUUUGCGUAUGUGGCUCUUGCGAAUGCUUUGAAGAGGAUUACUCCGGCAAAUUUUGCCACUGCAACCAACGCAAGUGCUUGUCCAACGAGGGGGACAUCUGCUCGAACCACGGCACCUGUUCUUGCGAGGAGUGCAGCUGCGUCCCGGGAUACACUGGACGAGUGUGUGAGUGCCAGACAGACGAAGCCUGCAGGAGCCCAGGUCAGCACGAGGUCUGCUCAGGGCACGGCGUGUGUGACUGUGGCAAGUGCGUCUGCAACUCCACAGCGGAGGAGGGAUACAGCGGACAGUACUGUGAAGACUGCCUGUCCUGCAUAGGAGGCAAGUGUUCAGAGUUCUAUGAAGGAGUCCUGUGCCGCUUCAACGAUCCUACCUCCAAGACUUGUAACCUGACUGUGAUUGUUGUGGACUCCUUGGACGACGAGGAGGACAGGGGCGCUCGCAAGUGCUCCUUCGUGGACAAGAAGGACGACUGCAUGAUAUUCUUCACCUACCGUUACCUGGACAACUCCAAGUCUUACGAGAUUCACGUUCAGAAGGAGAAGGAGUGCCCUGAACCGGCGCCAAUCAUGGCAAUUGUCUUCGGAAUACUGGCGGGUAUAGUCCUGCUCGGUCUUCUAACUCUGCUCAUUUGGAAGAUCGCCACCAGCAUCCACGACAGGAGGGAGUACGCCAAGUUCGAAAAGGAACGCCAGAAUGCCAGGUGGAACACUGAAGGAAACCCUCUUUACAAGGACCCCAGCAACACGUUUGCCAACCCCGUCUUCUCUCAGCAGCAGAUCGAGGAAUAACGUAAUUCGCGGUCUUUAACACUUACGGAGGUCUCAGGAGAGAGAGAGAGAGAGAGAGAGAGAGAGAGAGAGAGAGAGAGAGAGAGAGUAGGUCUUUUCUCUCGAUAAAAACUGGACCCUUGUACCACUUUCAUAACUGAUAUUUUCCAUCAGUGAGUUGAAAAUGUUGAUGUAAUCAAGUUUUCUAUUGGCUUUUUGGGAUGGGAAAACCGGUUACUCGGAGAGAUUAGACCUACACCAACUUACGUUAUGUCAGCUCGCUUUAAUUCCAUAAUUUCGAGUAUGGUUACAGGCAUUGAUAAGUGUUCCUUAGGAGAUAAACAGACGGCUGUCUGCUUGUCUGUGUGCCAUAUGGCCAUAUGUCUUCGUUCCAUUGUUUCUUUUGACAUUACGUGUUUCACAAUCAAUGGUCAGAAUUUUGGGACGCCUUCUCUUGACCCUUCUGUUUCUCUGUACUUUUAAAAGAGUAUUUGCCAAUCGGCAAAGUCAUAAUGUACACGGUGUCCAAUACUCGUAGACAUAAUUUAUGGUAUUACGGAUCAGAUUAGAUAUUAUUAAUCGCUAUGCUACUUCUUGUACUGUCUGUGUCAUGAAAUGUAAUGCAGGAUUGUA